UUUUAUAUGAACACUGUAUGAACAUGAAUAAUACACAUGAUAACACACAUCUUGUUAUACAUUUGUUACGCAUUUUAACGCCAAAAUGAAGUAGUUCCGGACUACUCUCGUUCAACAUCUUUCCACGCUUACCUGAUAUAUCACAAGAGGGCGUUGGAUCUGCGGUAACUACAGCUUGUGGUGAGAUGCUGGGAACUGAAACCCAGCCCUCUGCAAGAACAGCAAGUACUUUUAGCCGUUGAACUGUAUCUCCAACUGCAUUCAAAAAGAUUUUAAACGAUGGCAUUUUAACCCAUUUUUCAUGUCAUUAAAAUGUUUAUUAUAGUAUACAUACUAUAGAAACCCCACAUUUUUUGUGUCAUUAAAAUGUUUAUUAUAACACACAUACAUAAUCCUACAGAGAACCUACUGUGACUUAUCAAGCCAUAUUUCUAUUGUUGGAAGCAUUCAUUCCAUUUCAAGGCAAAAAUAGGCGUGCUACAGCUGGACAGCUGCGGAAGUGACCGUGCCGGGGUGCGCACUGCCUGCCGAGGCCGUACCCCCAAGUUUUAUACCGCCAAACCAGGUGGCACAUCGCUGGUGAGCACUGGCGCCGCGGGGGGCGUGGCGAUAUGCGGGGGCGUGGUCGGAGGUCGGGCCGAGGCGGGGCCUCGUGAGGAGGGCGGGGCCAAGCGCGGCGGCAAGCGGGUGCCGGCGCUGCCGUUCGCCGCUCGAGCUGCAGGUGGAGCUGUGCCGCCGCGCUGCCUCCAGGAAGCCUCACGGGCCUUCGUCGGCCUGGCCGCGGCACCGGCUCCCAGGAUGCAGUGUGGAGCGGCCGGGCGCUGACGGCGGCGGUGCGGCUGCGGGCGGAGCGGCAGCAGGCCGGCCUGCGAGGAGCGCGGCGGGGAAGGUAGCGGCAGGCCCGGGCGGCGCUGCCGGCGGAGAGGACCCGGCAGCCGGGCCUGCGUGGGGCCGCGCGCCGCGGCGUCGACUUCCUUCGCGCCGAGCAGGACAGCGCAGGGCCAUGGCCGAGGCGGCCGCGGCUCCGAUUUCUCCAUGGACAAUGGCAGCUACAAUUCAGGCUAUGGAGAGGAAGAUUGAAUCACAGGCUGCUCGACUGCUUUCUCUAGAAGGUCGAACUGGGAUGGCAGAGAAGAAGCUGGCUGACUGUGAGAAGACAGCUGUGGAGUUCAGCAACCAGCUGGAGGGCAAGUGGGCCGUGCUGGGAACCCUGCUGCAGGAAUAUGGGCUGCUGCAGCGGCGGCUGGAAAAUGUGGAGAAUCUGCUACGCAACCGGAACUUCUGGAUUCUUCGGCUUCCCCCAGGCAGCAAGGGCGAGGUCCCCAAGGUGCCUCUGACCUUUGAUGAUGUGGCCAUGUAUUUUUCUGAUCAGGAGUGGGGCAAGCUGGAGGACUGGCAGAAGGAGCUCUACAAGCAUGUGAUGAGGGGCAACUACGAGACACUGGUCUCCCUGGACUAUGCCAUCUCCAAACCUGAGGUCCUCUCCCAGAUUGAACAAGGCAAGGAGCCAUGCACCUGGCGUCGCACUGGGCCCAAGGUCCCGGAGGUUCCUGUGGACCCAAGUCCAGGUGAAGGGUUGGGAAAAGGCUCUGGAGCACCAGUUCCUGCCCCUGACCUCCUGAUGCAAAUCAAGCAAGAGGGGGAGCUGCAGCUGCAGGAGCAGCAGGCUCUGGGUGUGGAAGCCUGGGCAGCUGGACAGCCAGAUAUUGGGGAAGAGCCGUGGGGCCUCAGCCAGUUGGACUCUGGAGCAGGAGACAUCUCCACAGAUGCUACCUCUGGUGUCCAUUCCAACUUUUCAACCACCAUCCCACCCACUUCCUGGCAAGCAGAUCUCCCUCCCCACCACCCCUCUUCAGCAUGCUCAGAUGGGACACUGAAGCUCAACACAGCAGCAUCCACAGAAGCAGAUGUAAAAAUUGUUAUCAAAACAGAAGUCCAGGAAGAGGAGGUGGUGGCCACACCUGUUCAUCCCACGGACCUGGAGGCUCAUGGGACUUUGUUUGCACCAGGCCAAGCCACAAGAUUCUUCCCUAGCCCUGUCCAGGAAGGAGCCUGGGAAAGUCAAGGCAGUUCCUUCCCCAGCCAGGACCCAGUGCUAGGCCUGCGGGAGCCCACUCGGCCAGAGAGGGACAUUGGUGAGCUCAGUCCUGCCAUAGCACAGGAGGAGGCUCCUGCCGGGGAUUGGCUCUUUGGCGGAGUCAGGUGGGGCUGGAAUUUCCGGUGUAAACCUCCAGUGGGCCUGAACCCGAGGACGGUGCCCGAGGGGCUCCCUUUCUCAUCUCCAGACAACGGAGAGGCCAUCUUGGACCCCAGCCAGGCCCCAAGACCCUUCAAUGAUCCCUGCAAAUACCCUGGCCGGACAAAAGGCUUCGGCCACAAACCGGGGCUGAAGAAGCACCCGGCGGCACCACCCGGAGGCCGGCCCUUCACCUGUGCCACCUGCGGAAAGAGCUUCCAGCUGCAGGUGAGCCUGAGUGCCCACCAGCGCAGCUGCGGACUGUCCGAUGGGGCGGCCACGGGGGCAGCUUCCACCACUACUGGAGGCGGAGGUGGUGGCAGCGGCGGAGGAGGAGGCAGCAGCGGAGGUGGGAGCAGUGCACGGGACAGCAGCGCUCUGAGGUGUGGGGAGUGUGGUCGCUGCUUCACACGCCCUGCACACCUCAUCCGCCACCGCAUGCUACACACUGGUGAGAGGCCCUUCCCCUGCACCGAGUGCGAGAAGCGCUUCACAGAGCGUUCCAAGCUCAUCGACCACUACCGAACGCACACGGGCGUGCGGCCAUUCACCUGCACAGUGUGUGGGAAGAGCUUCAUCCGCAAGGACCACCUCCGCAAGCACCAGCGCAACCACCCUGCAGUGGCCAAGGCGCCCGCACACGGUCAGCCACUCCCACCACUGCCGGCUCCUCCCGACCCUUUCAAGAGCCCCGCAGCCAAAGGACCCAUGGCCUCCACAGACCUUGUGACUGACUGGACUUGUGGCCUAAGUGUUCUGGGACCCAGUGAUGGUGGUGGAGACCUGUAAGGACCCCAAUCCUCCUGUGGCCCUUGCAGGCCACGAAUGUACAGUCCUGAGUGCAGAUAGCAGGAUGGCCUGAAAGCUCAGAAGCAAAAAGGGAGACUUGGCAGAGAACCAAAUUUCCAUGUUGCUGAACUGAUCACUGGAAAAGACUAUCGAUGCAGCCUCCACCUUAAAGUAGAAUUCCAACUGUGAAACUCAACACCGUAUAGGAUCUUAAGUAAUUUAAUUACCCAUUUUUUGUUUUUUCUCUUUAAUUCUUGAGGAAAAAGCUGGAAAACAGUAGCAACAACCAGUUAGAUUUUGAGGUGUGGCUUUCAGAGGUGUAUGUUCACCGUGUCUUACCAGUGUUAGAAAGAUGGUCAGUGGGAGAAGGGCACUCCCAGCCAUGGACCACACAGCCCUAUGGGAGGUUGAGUUCCAGGUCUGUCCAGGCAUGUUGGGGCUUACACUCAGCAGUAAGAACCCUACUAGAAGCAGCCCUUACCUUCUGAAAAGACCCUUUAAGCCAAGGCCUGACUUUUUCCUGUUUUGAGCCAUCUGUGGUACCUGUCCAAGGUGGUAACUCCACUAUAGUAGUGACUCCUUGGCCUGGCUAAGAAGAAUCAUAUGGAGCUGUAGUAGUGUUAGAUCUGAAGUCACAGGAAGCCAGGGCCUCCCAUCUUGGGCUAUCUCCAUUACCCACAGAUGCUUCUGUUGGCUGCCCGUUGUGUAGUAUGUUCAUUUUCAAAAUGGCUUCACUGGUUCCACCUCACAUCUCAUCCCACCAUUAACCAUGACUUUGGAAAGCAGGCAGACAGGCAGUUCUUCUUAGAGAAUAGGAAAUAAAGGGCUCAGAGGGGACACAGCCUCUCUCCAUGAGUACUGUAUUGUAGGAGCUGGGAAGAGCCGCAGCUGAUAACCAGUUCUCCUGGAACAAUGGUUUAGGGAAGGAAAGGUUUUGAGAUCUUACCCUCUGAAAAGAUUUGUGCCACACCCAUGGAUCAGGCCAUCAAGUCACAGAACUCCUGCAUCAGCAGCUCGAGCUGGACAGCCCCUGUGUGUGCUUAUGCAUCACUAGACAUGCAGGAGGUAGUUGGAUUGCCAGGUAACUGGGUAAAUGGCUCUCAGGCCUGCCUGGAGUAUCUUCACAGUGGAAUUAGAGCUAGGUCCAAGUUUCUGUCAUAACAGUGCUGUCCCCACCACACAUAGCCAUUCCCAUUUUGUUAAAGCAGCCACUGGUCUCUUGCCCAAAUGGGUAAUGACUCCCUGAAGAGGGCAGAGACCAUGGCACCCAUUCAGCUCCUUCUGCAUACUUUUAUUAGAAAUAGACUAGUUAAGAAAAUUGUUUCUAUGUACUGUAUAUUUUGUACCUGUUUACACUUCUAAUAUUGAUAUAACUGAUAUUUUGAAAAACAAAUGAACAGAAGACAUCCUGUUAAAAUAAAAUCUAACCAGCACCAAGGCU